AUGACUUUCUUCAACAUAUCAGCCCUUCGCGAAGCCAUCGAUCCUCCCGGCCUUGUUUUCGGUGAGAUGUUUUAAUUCAAAUUUCUGUUUCGCGCUGUUGUUUUUUGAUUCUUGCGAACACGGAAAGCUGAUCUAAUGCGCUUUUGAACUGCUUGAAAGGGGGAAAAUUCAAAGUUUUUUUUCGGGCAGCCAUCGUUCUUUAGUCUUGGGCAGACGUAAAAAGUGUUGUAUUUCAAAAAUUUCCCUGUCGAGAAAAAAAAACAAGAAGAUGUCAAUAUUAAUCUAGAUUUACAAAUAGAUGACGACAUUGAAAUAUUUUUUUCGGACUACGCAAUUUUACGCAAACAUUUGGGUUUAUUUUUGUUUCGAUUUCUAAUAAUUUGUUUCAGGAACGGAUGUUUUGCGGAAUGUAGAAAAUCUUCGUGUCCCCGUAUGCUCCAAGAGUUAUAUCCGAGGAGAGGUCUUGGAGAAUGAAUUUGUGAGUAAUUUUUUUAAAUUCUUUUGUAUUUUUUGGAUUGAUAGGAUUGACGGUGAGCAAGAGUUGUUGCAGAGAGUAGACUUUUCUAUGGUCUUGUCUUUCUAAAUCGAGGUCCAAGAGUAAUGCCUAAUUAUCUGUCGUCUUUUCAUUUCCAGGACCCAACCACCGUCGAAUGGCAGAAUGGAGCGACCUUUCCCGGCGCCGUUGGCCGUCCCUUCGACUGCACAGUGCAUUCCAUUGAAGAGAUCUCUGCCGAACCGGAGGUUCGAAAGCCAAAGUUCGAAAUUCAACUAGCCUUCGAUGCGAAUGAAUCAGCCACGAAAAACUUCGAAGCCGGCGACAGUUUUUACGUCAUUUGUCCCAACGCCGAAAUGGACGUCGAAUUUCUGCUGGCUCGACUGAAUCUGACCUCCAAAGCGAAUCUCCAAUAUAAAUUUACGGUUCAUGAAGACUCUGGCAAGACAGUGCCCUCAUACAUUCCGACAAUAUGCUCUAUCAGGCACAUCUUGACUUAUUGCUUGGAUAUCCGGCGUGUGCCGGGAAGGGUAAAUGACGAGUUUUGAACGCAUUGUUUUUAUAUCUGUAAGAAUUUAUUAUCAAUUUGUUUUCAGCCUGUAAUCCGAGCCUUAGCCGAAUACUGCUCAGAUCCAAAGGAAAGAAGAAGGCUGUUGGAAUUGUGUAGCGUGGAUGGUGUAAGGGAAUUUCAACAGCACGUUCAAUCGGUGAGCAGUUUAAGAUACAAUUAGUGAAUUCUUUUUUUCAAUUUUAGGCCUCAAUCAGUGUAAUAGACCUCCUGAUUCAUUUUGAAUCUUGUUCUCCACCGAUUGAACGACUAGUGGGUAAGGCGCGUCGUACUAGUCGCAUAUUGAUUUAUAUUAUGCGUGGUAUAAUCAAUGACGACUUUCAGAAAUUCUACCUCGUCUAUUACCUCGCGCUUACACAGUCGCCUCUUGGGAUCUCUAUGCAAAGAACCGCUUCCGAUUCGUGGUUUCGUUGAUGAAGACCACAAGAAUCAAGGCGCGGUCUUCUCCCAGGCGACUUGUGUAG